GUGUGGCUGCAUCUAGGACGAGGACGACUGGGUCACAACCGUGUGGGAAGAUCAGCGGCGACAUUUGAGGCAGUCGACGACGUCCGACAUAACGAGAGGUGUGGAGAGGAUGAACGUCGGCGUAGAGGAUACAAUCGCCGACAAUGACAAUGGAGGGCCUGAAGAUAGCGGAAGUGAAAACGAUGCGAACGACCAUGAUGAAGAAGACGAGGACGGCGAAAUGGACAUCCGUCCAGUCGGGAGGAAACGGGGAGUGCGGUCUGCCCCGAAGAAGUGUAGUGAGCCGCGCGCACGGUGGAAGGGGAAGAAGGUUGCAGAAGACACGUCGGCAGGCGAGGGAAGCAAGAGCAGAGAGUUUUGGUCGGUCGAGCAUAUGAUCGCUCUCGUCCGAGCUAAACGGGGAGGGGAGAGCAGAGGAGGAGAGGGGGGGGAAGGCAAGAGAGGACGCGGUCACUUCGGGAAGUCUGCAACAAAGAUCGUAGUUGAUAACAGCUGGGAUGGCGACGAAGAAGAGGAGAACGUGGCGGUGGGCGGGCGUUUAAAGCCAACAGGCGGGCGGGUGAUUGGGUUUCGGGCGGGACGGUGUGUCGAGGGCGCUGGUCGCGAUAUUAAAACAGGCUGGCGGAAGUGCUGCCACCGUCGCCCAAGUGAGGACACCGAAGGGAGGCGGGUUAGUGAUCAACGAGGGGCGGUCGCCGAGGUCACUCCUGCUGGCGGGGGUGUGGCUUCAAGCACCGGUCGUGGUACGAUCAUCCCGGUCGCUGGGGCAGGGCGGGUGGAGAAGCAGGUCGCGUCACCAUCGCCAACCCGUGAAGAGCUGACAACGCAACAGGCGGGCGGUUCGGGGACGGGCAAGGCGAAGUCGCCUACGCGGGGCGGGGAGGGUGGGGUCACUGGGAUGCCCCCCCCCAGCGCACGUCAACCCAGGGCAACCGGGUCAGAUGGUGGUGGGGAAGAGAGAAGGGUAGUGGACGUUCGCCACGAAGACGACAUAGGGGAUGGGAGGCAGGAGAGCGAUGACGACGACGACAACUGCCCUUCAAAAAGGUUGAAGAAGCACGACCCGGAGGACGAUCUGGACCGUAGGUCGAUAUUGUGGGUGGAUAGCGACGCGUUCUGGGGUCAAGGUCCCGACAAACCAUUGAGGGAGGAGGUUACGGACUGCGUGGAUUACUUCAUCGCCAUCGCCAAUGGGGACUCGGGAGCUGAGCCGCCACCCAUGCUCAUCAUGCCGCCUGCUGAUAUCCACCGCACGAAGAUCGACGACCCUACGCAGCAAGAUUCGGAUUUGCAGAGAGCAACGGUUGUCGAGAAAAUCGUGAUGCGAGCGAUCCACGGGUGGAUCUUCAAGUCGUCAUCAAGAUCGAAUGGAUUCGCACGUGCGGAGUCCUACAUCAUCGUGGACUACGCCACCGACCCGGAGCAGAUCGUCGCGUACACGCUAUACCGGUGGGCGGCAGGAGAGACAUAUGACAGCAGCACAUCGUCGUUCGGUGUGGGGAGAGCCUUUGGAAUAAUCGCGUUGCGCGAUGUGACAUCCGCGUUGCUUCGGGUGUACGCGAACAAGAUAUUCUGGCCGACUGGGGUGCGGAAACAUGUCGUGCUGCGGGCAUUCCUGGACAAGGGCUUCCCGAACUGCCACGGAGCGGUCGAUUGCAUACACAUCUACGUCGACAAACCGGCGAACGCGCCCAGAGAGAACUACUUCGACCGCAAACACCGUUUCUUCGUGGUCGCGCAGGUGGUGGUCGACCUCGAUCUGCGCGUUCUGGACAUUUUUGUUGGGUAUCCGAGGAGCUGCCACGAAAUCAGGAUCAUCCAAUUGUCCAGCCUGUCCAGGCGCGCGAAAGAUGGGACGCUGUUCCGUGGGGCACCUGUGACGCUUCCGGGCGGGGUGAGAACCAACGAUUACAUCCUGGGCGACAACGGGUACCCUCCAUCGGAAUGGGUGCUGGUCCCGUACGGAGGAAUCAAUCAACAUCCUGACGAGGAACGAUUCGACACGAAGCAGAAGGUCGCCAAAGGGGCUGUGGAGAGAGAGCUCAGCAGGUUGAAGGGCAUGUGGAGGUUGUUCCUGCGAACUCACAAGACGAACCUGGACACUCUGCCGCAACAGUUUACCGCGAUCUGCAUUCUGCACAACAUUCUUUUCGAUGCAGUGAUAGAGUUCGACGAGAAUCUGCUAUGGGAAGUGGACCGCAAUGGUGUGCGGCGACGUGUGGAUCCAGGAAUUAAACUUCCGCCCCAGCCAGUGAGCAAUGUCACUUCAACAGACGAGGUGCUCGCGCUCCGACACGCUUUGGCGGAGCGAAUGAAACAUUCGUGAUCCGCAACGUUGCCAUCGUCGUCGGCCUUCUCCUGCUACUUCGUGUGUGCGAACUGCAGGCUUCUGUUA